UGGCUUAAAGUCCCCCAAUCCAAAUAUCCAUUAGCAAUCCAAUCCACGUUAGCCAAUGCAAUUACGCUUCUAACACUUCUUUAAUCAAGAAAAUAAUUUUAAAAAUUAAUAUUUUAUACAGAAGAAGGUAUAUUGUUACACUAUGACAUUGUUGUUAAACAAUAAAUUAAUAAAAAUACGCCUUGUAGAACAAUAAAAAAUCAGUCUUUUGUACAUCCCUGUAGAGAAAAUGGCGUACAAGAUUUUCUUUUUUUCCUUUCUCAUUAUUCUAAUUUUAUUUUUAUUCGUCGAUAUGGCGAGCAUUGCAAAUUGUAUCAAAAACAUCGAAUUGCUUAAAAAUGAACAAAAAGAACGUUGCAAAAAAUUAAUUCGGAGCGUAUGGAACGAGAUUUUCGAUUGGUACAAAGUAAUGAAAAUAAAAAUUUCAUUUUGGAUUCCCCAAAUUUACUGCGAAGAAAAUUCGGUAGUCAUUCGAUGUGCCGAUUGGAUGAAACCCGAACCAGCUUGGAAAAUAUGGUUGAAGAAACUGGAUCCUAAAAAUCUAUGCAAAGUACCUGUUUCGGAAUGUUUCUGUCCCCAACAGGAGAAACAGAGUAUUUGGGACCUAACAAAACAAUACUACAGAAAAUUCAUGGCAAUUUGCGAUAAAACAAUUAAAAGAAUCAAAGAAAUUUUGGCAAAUGUUUACGAUUACGUCAAAAUUGUUUGGACGUAUGAAGAGGAAGUGGAACUGGAUAAAUGUCGCCAUCAGUUGCCCAACUUGUUGGCCGAUGACAAAUGCAUAAAGUCAAUUUGUCCCGAAAGUAAUUCUAGAGUCGUAGUCACGCUUUAUUUAAAAGAGAAAAUUCGCUUUAUUAUUUAUUUAUUCGGACUCGUUACGUCAUUCUUAUUGGUGGUGGCAAUUCACGCACUCAUGAUGGCCGAUCAGGAAUGCUCAUAGGAAGAAAGGACUUUAAAAAAAAUGAAUUCCUCUAUUGUCAUUUAAUUUCUCACAGACCUCGAAUUUAAUUAUUUUUCAAAAUUUAUUUUUCUGGUGUAUAAUUUUUUUUUUUCGUAAACUAUCAUCAAUAAAAUUCCGUUUAUAACGUUUUAA